GGACCAGGGACGCUACCUUUUACUUUUCCGAUCAUCUUACUAUUGCCCCGUCAGGAGACGAACCUGAACCUGAAACUACAAUACUACAUAACCGGCCACAACACCAUGAAGAUCAUGGUAGCCAUAAAGCGAGUGGUGGACUACGCCGUCAAGAUCAGAGUUAAACCCGACAAGACGGGAGUUGAGACCCACAACGUAAAGAUGUCAAUGAACCCAUUUUGCGAGAUAGCGCUGGAGGAAGCCCUCCGCAUUAAGGAGUCUGGGCUUGCCACGGAGGUCGUGGCGGUCAGCAUGGGUCCGGCGCAGUGCGUCGACACUCUGAGGACUGGUCUGGCCAUGGGUGCUGACAGAGGGAUUCACGUCGAGGCUGCUCGGGAGUUGUAUCCUCUUACUGUCGCUAGGGUGUUGAAGAGGCUGGUCGAGGUUGAAAACCCCGGGCUGCUGAUUCUUGGCAAGCAGGCAAUUGAUGACGAUUGCAAUCAAACAGGGCAAAUGGUGGCUGGGCUUCUAGGUUGGCCACAGGGAACCUUUGCUUCAAAGGUUGUGCUGGACAAGGAGAAACAGAUAGCAACAGUGGAUAGAGAAGUUGAUGGUGGUCUUGAAACUCUGUGUUUGGAUUUGCCUGCUGUAAUCACGACUGAUCUGAGGCUGAACCAGCCACGAUAUGCAACGCUCCCGAACAUAAUGAAGGCAAAAUCAAAACCUAUAAAGAAAUAUACUCCGGAGGAGUUGAAUGUGGAAAUCAAAUCUGAUUUAGAGGUCGUUCAAGUCACUGAGCCCCCCAAGAGAAAAGCAGGUGUUAUUCUUUCUUCCGUUGAUGAGCUGAUUGACAAACUUAAAAAUGAAGCUCAUGUGGUUUGAAUCUCUGACCACUUUCUGUUCAACCGCUUGUAGCUGAAUUAUUACUUUCCAAAUGCACAUUGCUUUGUGAUGAAAAUAAAGUUCAUGGAGAUACAGAACAUAAUCAUACAAGCCCACCAGUUCAAUAAAGUUCAGAUGUCUUCUAAUCCCCAGUUUUUACAAUUAUGUGGUUUGUUGCUCAUAAGUGGCUCAUUUGGUUGGUUCAUGGUUGCAGUUGACUUUUUUUGGACUCUAAAUUAAGGUGCUUUGUAAUU